AUGGGCAAGCUCUGGCAUUGUCCGGCAAUUCCCGAUUCCCCAUUCACCCCCGGCAGGUUUAAACUGGCACCCAAAGCCAAUGGGACUCACGAAGGAGGACACCCGAUGAAUUCACUGGGGCGCGUCGCCAUCGUCACCGGUGCAGGCUCAGGCGUGGGCCGGGCGUCAGCAUUGGCACUCCUGCGCGACGGCUACUCGGUCGCGCUGGCCGGUCGCCGUAUCGAAACCCUGGAGGCCUCCUUGGCUGAGGCCGAAGAGCACCGCGAGCGCGCUAUCGCCGUCACCACCGACGUCGGCAGCCCCGAGUCCGUGGCUGGGCUUUUCGCCCGCACCCGCGAGUCCUUCGGCGGACGCCUCGACGUGCUGUUCAACAACGCUGGCAGCUCCUCCCCGCCAGUCAACAUGGAGGACCUGACCUUCGAUCAGUGGAUGACCGUCGUCAACGCCAACCUGACCGGCACCUUCCUCUGCACCCAGGAAGCCAUCAGGAUAAUGAAAGACCAGGAUCCAAUGGGCGGGCGCAUCAUCAACAACGGCUCCAUCUCCGCCUACGCCACCUCGCUGGACGGGCGCAAGUACAACAUCGCCUGCAGCCAGAUCGACAUCGGCAACGCCGCAACCGAUAUGACCGCUCCCAUGGAGCGAGGGAUAAUCCAGCCCAACGGCGAUGUCAUUCCCGAGGCCCGCUUCGAUGUCGCCCAUGUCGCUGAGCAGGUGGUCUACAUUGCCAAUCUGCCCCUCGACACCAACGUGCAGUUCAUGACCAUCAUGGCGACCAAAAUGCCGUUCAUCGGCAGGGGGUGA